UUCGCUAUGGGUUUAAACAAGCCUUAUGUUGCUGCAUUCUUCAUCCAAAUCACCUUCGCCGGAAUGAGCCUCAUGUCCAAGGCUGCCUUUGCUGCUGGUAUGAACACUUACAUCUUCCUCUUCUAUCGUCAAGCUGCCGGUACCAUCGUCUUGGUCCCUCUCACUUUCAUCUUAAAAGGGAAGGAGAAGCGACCAUUGACUUUCAAGCAACUCUGCGAGAUUUUUGUCAUUUCAUCGAUCGGGAUUACUCUUGCAUUGGAUGCUUAUGGAAUGGCGAUUAAUUACACGUCAGCAACUCUUGGUGCUGCAGCAUUUAACUGUGUUCCUGUCACAACGUUCUUCUUCGCCGUCUUAUUAAGAAUGGAGAUGGUGAACUUAAAGACAGCGGGAGGAAUUGCAAAGGUGGUAGGCAUAAUGGUAUGCAUGGCUGGUGCAGCCAUUCUUGCUUUCUACAAAGGCCCUUACUUGAAGCCACUUUUCACUCACCAACUAUUCCACCAUGCCCAAUCCCAAGCUCACCACCCUCCAAACUCCCAAAGCACAUGGAUGAUCGGCUGUUUCUUCCUCCUCGUCACGAGUAUCUCUUGGGGCAUAUGGUUCGUCCUCCAGGCUCGGUUCUUAAAGAGGUACCCUCACCUAAUGGAGUUCAUGUGCGCGCAAACCGCGAUGAGUAUGGCUCAGUCCUUUGUUGUAGCCAUAGCUAUGGAAAGAGACCCUUUGGAGUGGAAAUUGGGGUGGAAUGUUAGGCUAUUUGCUGUACUCUAUUGUGGCAUUUUGGUAAUUGGAAUUGCAAACAAUGGGCAAUGUUGGGUAAUCAGAGAGAAGGGUCCAGUUUUUCAAGCCAUGACAACGCCGUUGAAUUUAAUAGCAACAAUCAUUGGUUCCCAGCUAAUCUUGUCGGAAGGAAUUUACUUAGGAAGUAUAAUAGGUGCAUGCUUCUUGGUGAUGAGUCUUUACAGUGUUUUGUGGGGAAAAAACAAAGAGCUUGGAGCUACUUCAAGCAGUCAACCAGCUCCACUAGAGAAAGAGAUAGAAGAGUUGACAUCUCCAGCUCAAGUCAACUCCUCAAUAAUCUAA